AUGAAGAAUAGAGAAAUUAUUUCAAUUCAUAUAGGACAAGCAGGUUCUCAAAUCGGAAAUACUUGUUGGGAAUUAUAUUGUUUAGAACAUGGUAUUGAUCAUACGACAGGUAUUCAAUCUUUGCCACAAAGCUCAUCUGAUUAUUCUAUUGAACAGUAUCAAAGAUCAUUCUUUUCCGAAACAAAAAAUGGAAAUUGGAAGGCAAGAGCUUUAUUUGUUGAUUUGGAUUCUGAAUGUAUUGAUAAGAUCAGAAUGAAAAACAACUCAAUGUAUGAGAGGGAAAGUUUGUUGAGCGGUAAUGAGAAUGCAGGCAAUAAUUUUGCUAUUGGAAGAGGAGUUGGAGGAAGUUUAGUGUUAGAAAAUUGUUUGGAAAGAAUUAGGAAUAUGGUAGAAAAAUGUGAAGCACUUGAGGGUUUCUUAAUUACUUCAUCACUGAAUGGAGGAACUGGAUCAGGUUUUAGAGAUGCAUUGCUGGAGAGACUGUCAUCAGAGUUUGACAAGAAGCUUAAAUUGAGUUUUGAUGUUAUAGGUGCACCAAGUUCUGUAUCUUCAUGUGUGGAGCCGUAUAAUGUUCUAUUAGGAUGGAAUUCAAUUCGUGAAUAUUCAGAUGUUUCAGUAAUAUUGGAAAAUGAAGCAUUGAUUGAUAUUUGUAAAAACAAGCUACAACUUGAGCAGCCAAAGAUGACAGAUUUGAACGAAAUCAUUGCCCAUACAAUAUCAUCGACAACAGUUCAUUUGAGGAAGGAAGGUUGUUUACACGUAUCCAUUUCUGAAAUCAUGAACAAUCUCAUCCCGUACCCUAGUGUAAAAUAUCUAAUCCAUUCAAUGAGUAAUAUUUUCCCAAAGAAUCAUGUUUUCAAUGAACGACCAAAUGUUACUGAGUUGACAAGGAGUUGCUUUUUAGACAAACAUUCAGUGUUGGCGAAUUGUAAUUUACUGGAAGGUCAAUACAUGGCUUGUGUUGUUCUAUAUAAAGGAGACAUAGUUCCAAAAGAUGUUGGACAUGCCAUUUCCACUAUUAAGACCUCAAGAGUAAUUAGAUUUGUUGAUUGGUGUCCAACUGGAUUCAGAUGUGGAAUUGACUAUAGCCCACCAUUGACCAUUCCUGGAGGAAACAUUUGCUCAAUGGAUAGAAAUGCCCAUGUUUUUGCCAACUCAACCAGUAUUAGCCAAACAUUUACCAGAAUGGGGCAAAAUUUUGAUAAACUAUUCUCUGAAAAGCCAUUCCUUCACUGGUACCUUAAAGAAGGAGCACAAGAAGAAGAAUUUACGCAAUGCAGAGAGGAACUUAGAACCCUUCAACAAGACUAUUUAGAAGUUGUACAGGUUGGUGAGGAAGAAAUUUAG